CUGCCCGCGUGGCCUUUUCGCGCGCUCUCCGCGCUCUCUCAGGUUUCCUGGCUAGGCGAAGCUCCCUGCCAGGAGUUUAUUAUUUUUAGCCCCCUCGGAACAUCCUUUUUAUUUUAAGGGGGUGGGAAGGAUAGAGAGGAAUUAGGGAAAGAGGGGGAAAAAGACUCCAAGUGCGAGGUGAAGAUGGAGGAAGGCGUCCAGGUCUCAGACAGUGAUGAAACCGUGAUAGAGGGGUCGGUGACGGAGAGCGACCUGGAAGAAGAGGAGCUGCCCUGGAGAAGGUUGCUCUUUGAUCAAGUCACAUCUCUUAGAUCUGAGUUCAGUCUCCAUCCUGGUGUAAGUGGAAUGUGCAAAGGCUUGCUUUCUCCUGAAAUUCAACUUGGGUUCAAACUCACAGAGAACCCACCAAAGCAAAUGAAUAAAAAUGAGAUGAUGCCUGCUCUUAGUGAGGAUACAAUCUUACAGCAGCCUCAAGAUGAAAUGGAACAAAAGCAGGCCCAGUUACAGGCUAGAACAAAUUGUCCAAGGCUUACUAUGAUAUUUCCCCAGGCUGGACUUUCACUGAAUCACCAAAACGUUCAAGGACCUGAGGCUGAAAAUCCUGAAGUUUUGCCAAAUGCAGAAAAGAGUACACAGGAACUAAGUGAAGACAGAGACUCCCCUGAAAUUAGCCUUCUCUCAGGUAUGGUUGCCAUGAAGGAGAAAUCAUUAUUAGAGCCAGAGAAGAUAGCAGCACCAAAUACAUUUUCUGAGCCUGGAAAGGAAGUCGCAUUGACCAUGACUUCCGAAGAAAAUAAGAAUGAAGAAAGCUCUCUUGAAACUUUUGUGUCUGCUUUGGAAAGGUUACUAACAUCACCAGAAAGCACCCAAGAGGAAAACCCAUUUCAAAUAAUGAAUGAUUUUGAACCCAGUGUGUUGAGUAAUCCAUCGAGUGACUCUCUGGGUUCCAAACCAAUGCCUUUGAAUGCCUUGUUGCCAUGUCAUGAAAAUUUACCAGAAAACACAGAGAAUGAUGUAUUGCCAGCUGAGUUGUUGGCAGCCCUGAACACAUUGUCAGAAGCUGUGUUGGGACCCAUCUGUCACAGAAAAGGAGGCAGCAGUGUCAGUGCUGAAAAUGAAUGUCUAGGAGUAGACAUUCUCAGCAUGUCUCAGACUGAUGAAAAUUGUACACAAAUAUCAAAGACUCUAGAAGACCCAAAUCCUUGUGGAUUGCAGACUGUGGCUCAUCAGAAUGUCACCUAUUUUGAUCAACUAAAUAAUCAAGAUUUAAAUCCACUGGAAAAUAGCUCUGACCAGGAAACUCCACAUGUGUUAAGGAGAUCAUCCAGACUGAAAGAUCUAAAGGUGGCCAGUGCUGCAAAGUAUACAGAUGACAUGAAUAAGAUGCCAGAAAAGACUUUAUCAAAAAUAAUUGUCUCUGAGGAUCAAUCAAAUAAUAAAUCUUCAACUGAGAAUUUCAGCUUGCGGGGUCCUGCUUUGAUGAUUCAAGGUGAAGGAAAGACUAUGCAUUCAUCUAGACCCAAGAUUGGAGAAAACAUCAGGAAAACUAAAAACCUUGCAGGAAAGAAUGAUAAAAUGAAGAUGCACAAAAUAUCUCUUUCUGGCAUUAACCGGAGGAACGUUUUUGGAGAGAAUUUACUGUAUAAGGCUGCUCUGUACAAUGAUUUCAGUCUUGUGCGUCAUUGUAUAAAAAAAGGUGGAAAUGUAAAUCAGCCAAGUUAUGCUGGUUGGACAGCACUUCAUGAAGCUAGUGUAGGAGGAUUUCAUCGGACAGCAAGUGAGCUACUAAAAGGUGGAGCAGAUGUAAAUGCCAGAGGAAUGUGCCAAAUCACUCCCCUACAUGAUGCUGUGAUAAAUGGACAUUAUAAGGUGGCAGAGUUGCUUCUCUUGAAUGGAGCAGAUCCAUUAUUAAGAAAUGACGAUGGAAAGUGUGCUUUGGAUGAGGCCAAGGAUCCACAUAUGAAGCGUCUCCUUGAGAAGUUCGUUCCUAAACAUCAUAAACGUCUUAUAUCGGCUCAAAGAAAUAGCACUAACCCAUUAGAUGAAGAGGAUGCACACCAGCACAAGAAACCAAAAUUCAGUUCUAAAAGUCACAUUUAUUGUGUUUGUGAUGAAAAUUCCAAUACACAGAAGCCAGAACAUGAAAAAGUUGAUGAAAGAAGCAAAGACAGUUUAUUGAUAAAUAAAGAAGAUACAUGUGAAGAUUACCAAAAAGAUGCCAAAAACACAAACUCUGUUAAAUCCCAGCAUAAGGAAUCAAUUCUUGACCAAAUAUACACUAAAGAACCCAGAAAGAACAAUCUCCAUAAUUUCAGAGAUCCCAGCACAAAUGUGUCUAAGGAAAAAGGAAGAAGAAGCACACAACAUAAAGGGACUCAUGUGGAUGAUGGAAACUGCAGUCUAAGAAAGUCAGUAUCUGUCUCUUCUUCCAAAAGAAUAAAAGAAGUGGUUACUCAUCAGCAGCAUAUUCUCAAAAUUCAAGGUGACCUUCCAGAAGAGUCUUAUAAACCUUCCAGCCCAGCUUGGCCAAGCUUGAAAAAUGAAUUAGGUAACAAUAUCAAGGCUUGUUCAUAUUCCAAAGAAACAUGUACCCAGAGCCUGAAUUUAUCAGAUGGUCUAGAAGUACAAUUCUUAGAAUUAGACUCCAUUGACCGAACUGUUUCUUCCUCUGGACUUUCUUUACAGAAAGAAAUCAAGUUACCACUUCUUACUGCCGACCAGCAGCCUCACGCUGAUGAAGAACAGCAUAUUAGUCCUUAUAAAUCUCAUGAAAAUAGUAACUCCAGUCAAAAAGAUGAGAGCCUUAAUAAAUGGGAAGAUUCUUUCCCAUCCGUUAUAAAGGGAAAUUUUAAUGACGAUGAUGGUGGUGAUUGCUCUACCUCUGAGGAGACUGAAACAUCUAAAAAGGUGAUAGGUUCUGCAGAUUGUAAAAACCACUACACUUGUGAAGAGAACUUAACAGAUAAAGGAGAAAUGAGUUUUCAACAAUUUUUACCUUCCAAACAUUUUCCAAAGGAAAAUGAGAUAAAAACAGGCAGCUGUACCAUACUUCUACCACAGGAAGCUGUUAAUUUUUCUGAUUCAGAUAAUAUUGUCAUUUCUGAACAUGUUGCAAAUUAUGAGCAAUAUAUAUAUGGAACUUCUUUUGAUCAUUCACAUGGCAAUCCUGAACAAACUUCCCUGGAUUGUACAAGAACACUUUCAACACAUGACAUUUCAAAGUUGACUAGUCACAUGGAGCUAUUCAAAAGGCCCCAGGAUUAUAGCCCCAGAGCACCAACUCCUUUAAUGAAUCAAACAGAUACACAUAUUAUAGAAAAGGUGAAUGAGAAACAAGACACUGAAAGGAAUUACAAUGAUAAUUGUCAAAAAACAAGUUAUUCAAGUGGGCCUUUAUCCACAGUUGUUCGUUCUCAAGUAACAGAAACAACUGAAGUUGAUAAAAGGAGUCAGGACCUUCCAGAGAGUGAGACCAUGCAUAACACAAAUUCACAUUCCUCUGACAAUAUGCAUGAAGAAUUGAUCAACAUCUCACAACUUAGUCAAAGAGAGAAGGAAAUUUCUCCCAAACGAGAUGAAGAAUUCUAUAGUAAUAUCAAUAGAGAUGAAAGCACUAUAAGGGAUUUUGAGGGGGAAAAAGGAGAAAAUGAUUCAGAAAUUCAAAAGCCUAGUAAUAUCCAAGAACACAAAGAAGUAAAGAAUUUCAGAAAAAGACAAAAUUCCUCAAAAGCUACCUACAGCCAAGAAAUGAAAACAGCUGGGAUCAAUAAGAGGAAUAUGAAAGGAGAAAGCCAGCUUCAUUUGGCCACCAGAAGAGGAAAUUUGUCUCUGGUGAAAGUUCUAAUAGAAUCCGGAGCAGAUGUGAAUCUAAAAGAUAAUGCAGGUUGGACACCACUUCAUGAGGCAUCUAGUGAGGGAUAUAAUGAUAUACUUGUAGAGUUAUUAAAAGCUGGUGCUCAUGUUAAUAGUGAAAAUCUAGAUGGAAUUCUGCCCUUACACGAUGCUGUUGCAAACAAUCAUUUAAAGGCAGCUGAGAUUCUUCUACAGCAUGGAGCAAACCCUAAUCAAAAAGAUCAAAAACAAAAGACCGCUUUGGAUGAAGCAGAUGAUGAAAAAAUGAAAGAGCUGCUAAAAUCUUACGGCGCUGUUGAGACCGAUCAUAAAGAUGAGAGUAAUGCUAUAGUCACUGUAAAAAUUCCUGCUGCCAGGACAAAAAAACAUAAGCAGUGUUUUUGUAAUGACUAUAAAACUGUUGAUCCAUCUUCCCUUUCACACCAAGAAAAAACAAGAGAAAGACUUCCUGUGCAUCGAACCAUCAAUGCCAUUCUACAAGAUAUAGAAGAAAAACAAGAACAUUUACUGGAUUUUGAAAUAAGAACCCCUGAAGAUGCAGAAAAAUACAUUGAAAAGAUGUUACAGAUCAAAGAGGUUAUGGAUAAUGUGCUUGCCAAGCAGAAGGCAGAAAGGGAUGACUUGGCUAAAAAAUACAGAGUGUCCAGAGAGUCAUUUAAGCAUGGAGCUCUGAGAGAACAACUGACCAACUUGGCCACAAGACAGAAGAGCCUUUUAGUUGUGGCAAAAAAACAGAAAAAACUAAGCCAAAAAAUUCAAAACUUUAAGAAUGUCACAUCAUUUUCUUGUUUUAGUUUGAGCAAACUUCCAUCUUGCUCAGAAAUUUCUAGUGACAAGGAACGCCAAGAGUUUACCAGUCUGGAAAAUUCAUUGCAGCCCCAAUCAGGUUCACUUUCUCCUGCCAGACUUGAUUGUGGAAAUAUGCAGGAAACACAAUUGUCUCUGGAAACUUGGAUUACAGUUCAGAAUGACAGCCAGAAUAACAACAUUUGUCUAAAUUCAGAGACAGUGAGAAGGAAGGAUUUUUCUGGAAAUGAGCUGAAUUCUAAACAAAAUGUCAAUGACUCUAUCUUGGAUGGGUUAGCAAAAUCCAUUCAUUCAGAUGGCAAUGAGAAAAUUAAAUUACCAUCCCAACCUGUUGCUUUUCCUGCUCAAGCAGAAUAUUCACAAAAAGAAAAUGACCUUACAGAAACUGCAGCCAAAGGGCAUGAAUCCUGUCCUUCCACAAUAUCUGGUACAUUAAAUAUUUCAGAAACCGCAGGUGUACUUGCCCAAAAGGAUGCCCAUCCAUCAACUGUUCUUUAUAAUCACGCCCUUUCCAGUUGUGAUCCAGAAAGAGAAAACAGGGUAACAGCUUCUGAGCAACCAUCUAGACGGGCAUCAGAAUCUCUAGCACAUCAAGGAAUGGCUAUCUUAGGCAGUGAUUCAGUACAUCAGAUGAAACCGUAUCUUCAGAAAUCAGCUUCUGCUGUUCCAUGUGCAAAUGACAGUCAAAUCGCCUCCUCCUCCAGGUGUGGCUAUAAGCAUGCUUUAAAAAAACCCUUAAAUUAUAGCACAGGUCCUAAGAAGAAAUGUAUGCAGAUAAAGGAUCUGAUAUUACUAGGAAGAAUUAAUCCAGGAAGUAACAUUCUGGAAUUCAAAACACAGGAGACUACCCACAAAGCCAGUAUUUUAUUGAGUGGUAAAAUUAAGGUAGAAAAUGGUCAGAUUUAUCAAAACCCAGUCACCUGGCUCAAGGAUCUUCUAGGAGGCGACAGUUCUGUAACCUGGAAUUAUGCUUGGAGUAAGGUAUCAUAUCUUGGGAAGGAGCUUUUAAAGUACGUGCCUGAGGAAGUACCCAUACCUCCAGAACCAAACUUGGUACCUCAGCAACAUCAACCUUGUCUUCCAGGAUCAUCCAGAGAGUCAAUGCAAAGCAUCCCACAUUAUCUACAAAUAAAUGAAAUACUAUUAAUCAGCGAGAGAGAAUUUCUCCCAUACCAUCUAAUGGAUCAGUAUUGGAAGUUCUAUGUGGAAUGUGAGGAACUAACAUUCUAAAGCCUUGUUUUCUUAAAAAUGUAUUAGGUAUUCAUAUGAUUAACCAGUGUUCAUACUUUAUUUUGUGUGGUCUGUGAGACUAUUUUAAUACACUUCAUGGGUUGCAACUUAAGAUUUGUGUUUACUGUUAUAAGGAAAAAUACAAUUUUUCAG